GAGUCCUCCUCGACUUCAUGUUGAUAAAUUUCCGCGGCUAUCUUUUUGCCGCUGAUAUCGCUGGAGGAGGAGGAGGAGGAGGAGGAGGAGUCCGAUGAGUCUGCGAGGAUGUUGUUGCUGGUGCUUUGGUAGAGAAGAGUCGCAGACUCGUCGGUCUUUUCAGAGUAAUUAUCGUCGCGCAUUGCAGCUUAGGUUGUGGAGUCGAUGUUGAUGUGGAGUUCUUAUCAGAAGCGUGAUGAAAUCGUACCAGAAACCACUGUUGAAGUCGACUGCACUACAAACCAAGAAUAUACACGACAGAAAGAGAAGGAGACAGACAAGAGGCAGUUUAAGAACCCCUUCGCAUUCCCGUGCAAACACACGCAGAGAGAGAGGAGACUACGCCAUGGCAGAGAGUCAUCGUGGUCAGGCCCUAAGUUGCUGUUCCUAUCCUGAUAUGGCGCAAUCUAGCGUCAUAUCGCAGCGCCUCACCACCACCAAUGUUUACUUCCUGCCUCUAUUUCUAAUGCAUAUCGAUAAGAUGUCGAGAAGGACCCUGAUCUAUAUUACUCCUCCCUCGUCAUCUUUUCGCGCUCAUCUUUUACGCGCAGAGAACACCGUGGUUCCCCCACCCAGCCAGCCUUUAUCAACACACGUACGCUUACUAACAACAGUCAAGACCUCCUCGAUAGCAGCCGCACCGGAAGUCCCGCGCUCGACCAUCGUCCACGACGCACGGAGACCAGAUGAAUUUGGAAUACAAGCCACCGAUUUCGUUAUUGACGAGGAUGUUGGCAUGUUAGUUAGCAACGAGAACAGUACUAAAUAUACACCGGAAUCUAUUUCUACUACAGGAAGUGUGCUUGUGCUGUUCGUCAUCUGCCGUCACACUACCAAGAAUAUUCGCAUGGGAGUAGAUAGUUAAGUAAAAAUCACUUUUAUUCACAAAACAAUGAUUUUGAACUAUCAGAAUGACACAUAUUUUACAAGUUUGCACCAUAGCAUAUAGCUAUGGCUCAACACAAAGCAUAAGAUAGACAAAAGAACAAAGAAAAAAACAAAGAAACAAAGAGAAA